CUCUCGCGACGGCCAGGACAGGUACCCCGAAUCGACCUCCUGCGAAAAAAAAGUGGUACGCGUUUUUUGUCGGGUUUUAACCUUUGCUCACGGAGCAAAGCAUUGCAAACAAUUGGCUUGCAAAAUAGUGCGAACUGACCGCGAUCAGUGACUUCGACGAGGCGAUGAAAACGCUGAAUCAGCGACGGCGUUCGUAGUGUGCAUCGGAAUUUCACGUGGAAAAUCCUUGGUCCUUGGUGGGACACAAGCACACACACACACACGCUCGGGUCGGGAGUGUUGCCAGGAGGUGGCUCAAAGGACACAGCGGAAAAAAAUCAGCCCCAAAAAUCAAGAUGGCGAGCAGCCUUCGACGUCGCUGGAGAGUGUAAAGUGUGUGCUGUGUUGUGCUGAGCCUGCUGAGAUCUCGGCGAGGACGACGAGAAGGAAGAAGUUGAAAGUGAUCCUUGAAGGAGGAUACGAUCUGGUUAAAGUUGGAGCUUGUUGUGUGCGUGGGCGAGUGUGUAAUUCAUUCAUACAAUCCGUCAUUCAAGGUUCAAACACAUCAGGCCAAAUUUCAUUGUGCUGAGCCGCGAGGGUUUUUUUCCUCCUUUAUUGUUAUUAAAAUUUCUGUAUUGCACACACCAAUAAAUCAAGUGAGUCCAAUACAUGUAAGGAAAAAGAGUGUGUUUGUAUGUGUGCGUGAUUACGUGUGCUGGUGUGUGAGUCAGCACGAAGAAAAACAAGUGCAUAAAGAGGUGGAACCCACCCCGUCCAACCUCCCUGAAGUCAUCGCCGACGAGUGUUGAAGGAUUUUUGCUCGAGAAAAUUUCCAAUCCUCACCACAGCACUGCUCGAAGUGUGUGCAAGAGCAGGCAAUGUUCGUGAUUGAGUGUUUGUUGUUUUGCUAUUAGUUAUAAUAGUCCUACACCCUACACAGCCGAAGGAAGAAAGAAGAAAAUUGGUUAGAUUAAUGUGUUAAUCACGCAAUUUCGUUCUCGAGGAUUAAAGAGUCCCCCAAACACAACACAACCAUCGAAAAUGUCGGACAAAAUCAAAGUCGCGGUGCGGGUUCGACCCUUCAACCGACGAGAACUCGAGCUCGCCACCGAGAAUGUGAUAGAAAUGAACGAUUCCCAGACGAUUUUGAAGUAUCCUGCCACAUUAGAUAAGAUGGAACGAAAACCGCCAAAAAUGUUUGCGUUCGAUCACUGCUUCUACUCGACGGACCCGGUGGCGGAGAACUUCGCCUCGCAGGAGCUGGUCUUCAAGGACGUCGGCCGGGACAUCCUGGACAAUGCGUUCCAGGGCUACAACGCGUGUAUCUUCGCGUACGGCCAGACCGGCUCGGGCAAGUCGUACACGAUGAUGGGCAACCAGGAGAACAAGGGCAUCAUUCCGCGGCUGUGCGACGAACUGUUUGCGUCGAUCGCGGCCAAACAGACGGACGAGCUGAACUACAAGGUCGAGGUGUCCUACAUGGAGAUCUACAACGAAAAGGUGCACGACCUGCUCGACCCGAAGACCAGCAAGCAGUCGCUGAAGGUGCGGGAACACAACGUCCUGGGACCGUACGUGGACGGGUUGUCCCAGCUGGCCGUCACGUCCUUUAUGGACAUUGACAACCUCAUGGCCGAGGGCAACAAGUCCCGUACGGUAGCCGCUACCAACAUGAACUCCGAGUCGUCCCGUUCGCACGCGGUUUUUACGGUGGUGCUCACGCAGACCCUGAUCGACACGCUGUCGGGCGUCACCGGUGAGAAGGUGUCCCGCGUGUCGCUGGUCGAUCUGGCCGGAAGCGAGCGGGCGGUGAAAACCGGUGCCGUCGGCGAGCGACUCAAGGAGGGCUCGAACAUCAACAAGAGUUUGACCACGCUGGGGCUGGUGAUAUCGAAGUUGGCGGACCAGACCAGCGGGAGCAAAAACAAGGACAAGUUUGUUCCGUAUCGAGACUCGGUGCUGACGUGGCUGCUGAAGGAUAACCUCGGUGGUAAUUCGAAGACGGUCAUGUUGGCAACGCUAUCACCGGCGGCGGACAAUUAUGAAGAAACGUUGUCCACACUGCGGUACGCGGAUCGAGCCAAACGAAUCGUCAACCACGCCGUGGUGAACGAAGAUCCGAACGCGCGGAUCAUCCGGGAGCUGCGGAUGGAGGUUGAGACGUUGCGGGAGAUGUUGAAGCAUGCCACCGGAACGAGCCUGCCGGGUGAGAUGAAACGGGUUGACAUCCACGACAAGCUGGCCGAGAGUGAAAACCUCAUGAAGCAGAUCUCGCAAACGUGGGAGGAGAAGCUGGAGAAGACGGAACAGAUCCAAAGCGAACGGCAACAGGCGCUGGAGAAGAUGGGCAUCAGCGUGCAGGACAGUGGCAUUAAGGUCGAGAAGAACAAGUACUAUCUGGUCAAUUUGAACGCGGAUCCGUCGCUGAACGAACUGUUGGUGUACUACCUCAAGGAGGUCACACUGAUCGGCGGGCAUAACAACGAAGGCACUACCAAGCAACUGCCCGACAUUCAGCUGAUGGGUUUGGGCAUCCAGCCGGAGCACUGUCUGAUUACGAUCGAGGACGGCGAACUGUUCAUGGCGCCGAUCGACAGUGCCCGGUGCUGCGUGAACGGAUCCGUCGCAACGGAAAAGACCUCCCUCAACCACGGCGAUCGCAUCCUGUGGGGCAAUCAUCACUUCUUCCGGGUAAACUGUCCAAAGUCCAACAACAAUAACAAUAAUCUGUCCUCGGAACCGCAAACCCCUGCUCAACAUUUGGACUAUUACUACGCUCAAGAGGAACUGAUGCAAAACGAAUUCAGCAAUAACCCCAUCCAGGCCGCCAUCUCCCGGCUGGAGAAGCAACACGAAGAGGACAAACAGGUCGCGCUGGAGAAGCAACGCCAGGAGUACGAGAAGCAGUUCCAGCAACUGCGCAACAUCCUUUCCCCAACAACUCCGUACGCACCGUACGCCCCCUUCGAUCCAUUCCGUCUAGGUAAACUCCCUCCAAACACACCAAACGCUCAACUGCGCGUCGAAAAGUGGGCCCAGGAACGGGACGAAAUGUUCAAGCGUUCCCUGGGUCAACUCAAGACCGACAUUGUCCGGGCCAACUCGCUCGUCCAGGAAGCGAACGUGCUCGCCGAAGAAAUGAACAAGCAAACCAAAUUCAGCGUAACGCUACAGAUUCCACCGGCCAACCUGAGUCCGAACCGGAAGCGGGGCGCGUUCGUCAGCGAACCGGCCAUUCUGGUCCGUCGGAUGAACUCGGGCAGCCAGAUUUGGAGCAUGGAAAAGUUGGAAAACAAGAUGAUCGACAUGCGCGACAUGUACCAGGAGUACAAGGACAACAACUACACCGUUACGGAUGAGAACAAGAACAAGUCGGACCCGUUCUACGAAUCCCAGGAAAAUCACAAUCUGAUUGGAGUGGCCAACAUUUUCCUGGAAGUGUUGUUCCACGACGUUAAACUGGACUAUCACACACCAAUCAUCAGCCAGCAGGGCGAAGUGGCCGGAAGGUUGCAGGUUGAGAUCAGCCGAGUGGCGGGUCAGUUCCCGCAGGACCGUGUCAACGAGUCGGCAUCGGAAAGCUCCCAGGACAGCCACGAGGACGACGAUAUGUGCGAACCGGCGAGCAAUCAGGUGACGUGCCGGAUCAGCGUCAAGCAAGCUUCCGGCCUGCCGCUGUAUUUGUCAAACUUUGUGUUCUGCCAGUACUCGUUCUGGAACCAUGAGGUUGCGGUCGUACCGGCUACCAACCAGGAAGUGGCCGCCCACAAUCAGAACAUUACGUUCAAAUUUGAUCACGAGUCGGACUACAUCAUCACGGUGAACGAGGAAUUCCUGGAGCACUGCAGUGACGGAGCUUUAUCGAUUGAGGUUUGGGGCCACCGGUCGGUUGGAUUCUCGCGGGCAAAGGACUGGGAAGUGGAGCAACAGCAGGCCAAAGCACGCUCGCUUGCGGAUCGAUGGGCGGAACUGUCGCGGAAGAUUGAACUGUGGGUUGAAAUUCACGAGUUGAACGACAACGGCGACUGGGCUCCGGUUGAUGUGCAGUGUUCAAAGGACAUGCUGACCGGGGGAGUGUACCAGCUGCGGCAGGGAUUCCAGCGGCGAAUCAUGGUCCGCGUGAAACCGGUUCAGAACUCGGGAACGCUGCCAAUCAUUUGCCAGUCGAUCAUUAACGUUUCCGUGGGAUGCGUUACGGUCCGCUCCAAGCUGCAGAAGCCGAUGGACUCAUAUCAGGAAGAGGAUCUGACCGUGCUGCGGGACAAGUGGAGUGAAGCUCUCGGUCGUCGACGGCAAUACCUGGACCAGCAGAUCCAAAAGUUGAUCAACAAGGACGACAAAACCGAACAGGAGAAGGAACGCGAACAGAGUCUUGUCAAUCAGUGGGUCUCGCUGACGGAGGAGCGUAACGCCGUCCUCGUACCGGCCCCUGGAUCGGGCAUCCCCGGUGCUCCGGCGUCCUGGGAUCCACCCAUGGGAAUGGAACCGCAUGUACCUGUCCUCUUUUUGGAUCUCAACGCCGAUGACCUGACGACGCAGAGUGUCAACGACGAAGUGCCCCUCGCCGGCCUCAACUCGAUCUUGCCAAAGGAACACGGAAACAAGUUCUACAAUCUUCAGAUCAUCCAGCACCUGGACAAGGACAUUUGCGCCGUCUGCAGCUGGGACUCGUCGAUCCACGACAGCCCGUCGCUCAACCGAAUGACCGAAGCCAACGAGCGCGUUUAUCUGAUCCUCAAGACCACCGUCCGGUUGUCCCAUCCGGCACCGAUGGACCUGGUGCUACGGAAGCGACUGGCCCUCAACAUUUACAAGCGCCAAAGCUUCACCGACCGGCUGAAGAAGCUCCGCAUUGGACGUGCCGAGUGCAGUUCACUGCAGUCCGGCGUGACGUACGAGGUCGUGUCCAACAUUCCAAAGGCAUCCGAGGAGCUGGAGGAUCGCGAAUCGCUGGCACAGAUUGCCGCCACCGGCGAGGACGUUUCCGCCAGCGAUGGCGAAACCUAUAUCGAAAAAUAUACCAAAGGAGUGUCGGCCGUGGAGAGCAUCCUCACGCUGGACCGCUUGCGGCAAAGUGUGGCCGUGAAGGAGCUGGAGCAGGUUCGCGGCCCGGCGCUAUCGAUGCGAAAGACGGCCAGCGUGCCCAACUUCUCACAGAUGCGAUUCUUUGACGCUUCGCUGGAAUCGCUGCUGGGAAUUGGCCGCUCCGAGUCGUUUGCGGAUCUUAAGAUGGGGCUGAAUUCCGCUCAAAGCACUCGGGAGACGGCUACCAGUCGUCAGAAGCUGAAAGGAACCUCCCCAGGAGGUGGCGAAGAUUCGGCCAACUCCUCCUACGGGCUAACUCGUCCCACAUUCCUAAAUCUAAACAUAAAUUUGAACUCCCUGCGACUUCAGCCAACCAAGCCAUCCCCGGCGGCCAGCAAGUUGGCCCAGCGGAUGACGACGCUGCACGAGGAACCGCUGAUCAAGCAGAUCUGCUACGAGGAGGAGGGCGAGGACCGGUUCAGCGAGCCCGAGUACGCCGAGUACGAGGACGAUUACGAGCCGCCCAAGAAGCCGACCAUGUCCAAGAUGAAGUCCUCGUACACGGUCGAGUCGUUCAUGGACAUUGACAAGCGGCCCGGGCAUGCCGGCGUUGGCGGAGGUAGCGAUUUGUGCAAGUUCUCGGCGGCGGGAAAGGGCGUUAAGCCUGGUGGUGGAGGUGGUCAGGUGGCGCAGGUCAAGAGCCAGAACAUUGCCGCCGGCACGCCCAGCAUGAGCUCGUCCACUUCGAGCGGGUACGGCUCGCAGGCCGUGUCCUGCAGCAAUCUGACCAACGACGACACCUACUCGAUCCGCUCGCUGAGCGUCGGAGAAACGCCUGAAACCAUGUCACCGUCCAACAACGUCCUGCGCAGCAACAAUCCACUCAUGAAGGACGUGGUCAGCUUUGACGAGCUGAACGGCAACCGCGGCGGUGAUCUGCUCGAGCAGGAAGCCCUCGCGUACAACAGCAACGCAAAGCGGGCUAGCGAACCGGCGGUCAUGACCGGCUCGCGUGACGCCAUGAUCGACGAGGAAGACGAGGGCGUGGUCAACGAGCAAGAGGUGGAAGAGGACGAGGAGGUGAUUGCGAUGGACGAAAGUCACGUGAGCAGCACCACCGAUGAUGAUUCGCAUCUUCAGCAUGAGGAUGUGGUCGACGAGGAGAACAAUAGCUCCAAGCUGCUGCAGGAUUCCGAUGUUAUGGAGAAUAGCUUCUCCACGCCGAGCAAGCACGAGAAUAUUCCGGACUGGGUCAUCGUUGGCGAAUCGGUUCAGAUUCGACCGUACAAUACGAGCGGUGUGAUUUCGUUCGUCGGAGGAACGCAUUUCCAGGGCGGCACCUGGAUCGGCGUCGAGCUGGACACGCCCACGGGCAAGAACGACGGCACCGUGCAGGGCAUCCAGUACUUUAGCUGUCGGCCCAAGCACGGCAUCUUCGUGCGCGUGGACAAGCUGAUCCUGGACAAGCGAGGCCGAGCGAUGCGGGAGCUGAAGCGGGCGGAGAAGAUGAAGGCCGAAUUUGGCGGCAAGAAAGCGGUCAGCGCCAACGGCCCCCGCAAAUGAUACGGGUUUAACCGGGGCCUCAGCGCUGCCCUGACGGCGAGUGGUUCCUGCUCGGCUGCGGCAGUGAUGCGUCCGAUGCCCAGGAAGCGGUUCGUGCCCAAGUCGGCUUCGAUGGCCGCCUUCGGGCGGACCAAGUAAGAGCGACCUUCCAGAGAUCAUCUAUAGAGUACCUUUCGGUUUGUUUCGUUUUUCGUUUCGUGUAACGUUCGUUUACAUCCCCUAGUGAUAUAUGCAAAGCAAAGAAAAUGAAACACAAACACACACUCAAUGCGCGGUAAGUAAGCAAACCCACACACGUUUCUGAGCAAUGGAAAACGAUAAUAAUUGUGUACGAAAUUAUUUCUAUUAUUUAUACACUUUUACAUUGUGUGACACACGCAAGAUUAGAAAAAAAAAAUUCCCUAAAAAAAUGUCCUAAAAACCACACAAAAAGCGGAAAAAUAUAUUUAUUGAGUAAGUGUUUGCAAGUGCAUUCUAGAUAGAAAGAGUGAAAAGCUACUAAAAUAUGUAAUAUGUCGUCAGGAAAGCAAAUUUUACGAUCCAAACAAAAAAAAAAGAGAUAUAAAAAUCAACCAGUUCUGUCCAAGGUCAUUUAAAGAAUACAAACGAAGCUCUAAAGUAUAAUUAUUAUCAUCUAUUGUAUACACAUUAACCAGAGAAAGAGGUGAGGUGAGGCAGGAUUUUCAGCGCGGAAAAAAUGGGUGAAAUCAUUGAGGCGAGAAACCUAUAUAUUGCUAAGAGAAUCAAGAAACCAACCACUUUGUAGCCAAAAUCAGACGGAGAGAAUUUAACAGGGGGUUCAAAGACGAUUGAGAUAAGCAUUAUGAAUAUUUAUAUUUAUACACAUAUUUAAAGACAAACAACAACAACAAAAAAGUAAGUAUGUUAUAAAAGAAACCUUUUUAUUCUACUCCUUUGCUACACAACAAGCAUUUUCAAUAACAUCUUUCUUCUGUAAAUCUACAAAGCAAAUUGAUAAGAAAAAACAAGCAGUGUUUAACCCUCUAAACAAGUUGAAUCAAACCAACCCUCCUUCACAGCCAGAAGAAGCAGAAUGGAAAGACGCGUAGUAAAGUAAUCCCAAACAAGCAGCAGCAGCAGCAGCUUCAAACAGCAGACGUAACACCGCUGAAGAGACAGGCUAGACGAAACAAAAAAAGUAAAAUAACUAAUCCUAGAAGCUAUUCAAUGUGAUGAAUGUGUCCACGCAGUUGUAGAACGCGAAAUUACCAAAUCUAAGUAAAAUCAAACACAAACACGAAGAAGUGAAACCAUUCAUUCAGUCCAUCCCGUUCAUUUUUUGAGUCUGGUUUACAAAAUUACAAAACGAAAUCGUAGUAUCACGUAGUGAAACGACACGUUAGAGGGCGGAACUUGAUGGUGUGAUCGCGCAAAUAUCACUAAAUUGUCCAGCAGAUCACACACACUCACGACGGAGAACGAGACGAGAUAUCAUUAGUUUGUAGUGGAGACUGUCUGUAAAAAUUAGUUCUUUUUCCCUCCCCAAAUUUCUUAGAUUCGUGUCAUGAGUACCAGAGGUAGGUAAAUGUUCGGUAGUGGUUUUUGAGAUGUUUAUUUAUUCUACUAAAGUGUUAGACAUUGGCAGCGAAGACGCGGGACUUUUGAGUGAGAACAACGCAAAUUACGAAGAAAGCAGCAAAUGAAAAGCAAAACGAGCACGUCCAUUUUUCCCCCUGAGAAAUUAAAAAGGUAAAAACUUUGGAAUUCUGAUAAAUUUAUCCACAAAACGAGAGAUUGAGUAGGAGCAGUCUAGAAUAGCAGUCGAACAGCCGGUUGAGACGCAGUGAUUAAUCUUCAAAUUUCUCAGUGUUUUACUAGGCAAUAAAGUACACAUAUUAGAGAGAACCUAGCUAUCUUGAGCGCGUGCGGCUUUUUAGACCAGAAAAGAGUGUGCAAAAUGAUAGGGCAGAAUUAGAGGAGUUACUACUAAAAUAACGUUGAGAGCGAGCAUCGAAUAGAAAAAAGAGAGGCAAAUUAUAGAAGUUACGUAGAGUAAGGUUGACCAGUAGGACCUCGAAUAUUCCGAUUUCAAGUUGGGGACGCGGCGCCGCCGCGGGAAGGAUCAAACUAAUUCCAAAAAGUUCGUUUCGAGUGCUGCAGUAUUUUGCAAUAUUUCUCAGAGAUUGCGCUGUUCGAUUGGUGGUAAGAAAUUCAAAUUUGUUCUGGGAAAAAUCACGAUUUCGAUCGCGAGAAAUCAAAAAACAACUUCAAAACACGUCCUUUUCCUUCCACAACUGUCAAAUAACUGAUCGAGCAGCACUCUGUCAAAAACGUUGCAGUACUGGAACGACGCCCCAACCUUCAUACCCAACGUCAGCCGCGCGCCACCACUGAAGCACGUGUUCAGGAAAAAAACAACAAAACAAAGCCUGCUUUGAUGGCUACGCCCCGUUGCGUAGCCGUUGUUAGCGCGAAUUCCCCCUCCUCUUUUGAAGCUUCGCGCACAACGAACCCGCCCUGGAUAUGGAUGAACCUGCGGCCUGCUUGGAUUACGACGUUUCGUGCGUGAUGUGGGUCCAGCGCCGAACGCAGCGUGCGCCACGUGCUUCUGUGUGAUUUUUUCGAGAAGGCGCGCAGUGGCGUGGGUGAAAAGGUGGGGGUAUUUUGAAUUUUUGAGUUAUCCUUCCCGAAAUUGGAUGGCGGUGAUGGUUCAAAGAGUGUGUGCAUUAGAUGAGAUUUUAGAGCGCAGAAAUUCCAAGGGAAACAAGUGCAAGACGAUAGACUAGUUUAAAUGUGUAACUUUUUUGCUGUCUAUGUCAGUCAAUGUCAAUUUUCGCCACUAUUGCCACAACAAGCGCACACUCUUCUAGAACAACGAAAGAGUGUGUGUCCAUUUCCUAGAACCAACCAACAAAAUGCUAAUGUGUAGAAAGCAGAGAAUCCAGACAGAGAAAACAAAACAUUCAAACACCAGUUAGUCGAAACAUGUGAGGGAAAGUGCAAUAAGCAAAGAAAUGCAAUCUUUUGUAUUUUUAAUCGCAACUGUUUAAUAUUUGCACCGAUCGGAAAACAAAUCCUCAAUCUUUUUAUUGUUCCGUUACAUCGACUAUCAUAUCUUUUUUCAAGUUUAUUUUUUCUUUGUUUAAGCCUUACGCAAGGCUGAGUGAUAUCAUCAACUGAAACAUGUAAAUCAAACUUAGUUUAAUGCUUAAAACAUAAGAUUAAAAAAAAAGACUCCGCUUAGUUAUCAAUCUACUUCCUAAGUUUUUUUUCCAAGUGUGUAAAGAUGUUUUGUGAUUUAGUUUAAUAUCAUUCUAUUCCAUCAAUAUGUUAAAGUAAUGAAUGGCACAACGUUAUUCCAUUAAAUGUAAAAAAAAACCAAAAAAAUCAAAACGAAAAAAUAUCAUUCGAGCUUGCACCGUUAUUUUGCGUUUAACUUUGUUUCCCCUUCUAUGUUGGUGCUUUGUUUUGAAACGUUAACUCAAUUUGUUCAUUCCUGUUUAUUACUUGAGUUAAGUUCAUGUUAGUGUUAACUUUCACACUCUUAUUCACACUAAGCAGAAGCACACACAGUUCAGCGUGGAAGAGGCACCGUUUCUAUCUAAAAGUACCGUGGCGCGGGAGCGUUGUGUAAAGAACAAACAAAAAUCUAACACUCUUUUCUCUAACCUCUAACAUGUAAGCGAAUAACGCAAAACAAAACAAAAAAAAAAAAAACAAGCAUCAGUCUAAAUUUAUCAUCUGUUGAGAAUAGGCGAUUAAAAAGCGCUACCUUAGUUGAUAGUUUAUAGAGUACAUUAAAGGAAGCAAGUAAAAAAACUGUAGAAUAGAAAAAAACAAGCAGUGGAGCAGAAAAGAUGGGAAAAGGUGUGUUAAAAAAAUGGAUAAAUUCUAGUCAAAAAGAGAGAAAAAAAAUCUACUACAGAGAAGAAAGGACAUAAUAUGCACAGAGGCGCAAACAGCUGCAAGCA